CUCGUCGCAGUCUCGAAGACCAAGCCGGUCGAGGCGUUACGCGAAGCGUAUGACGCGGGAGUGCGCGACUUUGGCGAGAACUACGUCCAGGAGCUGGUGUCUAAGGCGCCGCAGAUGCCGAGCGACGUGCGAUGGCGCUUCAUCGGCAAGCUCCAGUCGAACAAGGCCAAGGUGCCAAACUUGGUCGCUGUCGAGACGGUUGACUCGCUCAAGCUCGCCACCCGGCUCGACAGCGCCCUGCGCGCGCUCGAGCGGCCGGAGCCACUCGCCGUGCUGGUGCAGGUCAACACCUCGCCGUGGGAAGGGACGAAGGGGGGCGUACUCGCAGAGGAGGCGGCCGAACUCGCGGCCGCCGUCGCGGCCGACUGCAAAAGCCUGCGCGUCGCCGGCCUGAUGACGAUCGGUGCCGCUGGCGACACCGGAUGCUUUGCUGCCCUCGCGGCCUGCCGAGAGGCCGUCGCUGCGCGGCUUGCGGUGCCGCCGGAGUCGCUCGAGCUCUCGAUGGGCAUGUCCGGCGAUUUUGAGGAGGCGGCGCGUUCGGGCUCCACCUCUGUGCGGGUUGGCUCCUCCAUUUUUGGCGCGCGUGACUACAGCAAAGCCGCGAGG